ACUCAAGUUUUGACUUUUGACACAAGCUUAUGGAUCCGGUUUCCUUUUAUAUUAUUAUGUUAUUCCAAAUGUUAUUCUCUUUGGAAUGCGAAAUUAAAUUUUGUAAUUGAAAAUAAAAAUAAAAAAAAUUGUUUAGAAUGAUUUUCUUAUAAACUUUAUAUUUAUCGUAGUGAAUAUUGAUAUGAUUACUAAAAUAAAAACUUUCUGUUCAUGAAACAAUUCUUUACUGAUUUAAUUACAUUGUGACGUGUAUUUUGCUGAUAAAGUGUUAGAUCUUGUAGUUUUUAUAGAAACUAUCUUACUUCAAUUUUUAUAAAUUAAAUACAUUAAUCUUAAGUCUAUGGAUAAAUAAAAGUGGUCAAGGUUAAUAACUGUAAACGCACCUACCUAACAUACACUUAAGAUAAGUGCGGUCAUUAUGCUGUAAUGUAUUUAUUCAAUUACCUAGUUUUCCACUUUUGGUUAUGCUAAGUGUAGUGGGUUGUGAACAACUCAGUACUUUAAAAUAAUUAAGUGUGUUGAGUAUUCAGUUAAGAAAAAAAUAAAAUAAAAUGUCUUCUUGGGUAAAUGAAAAUUCGGUAUCAUUCUUCCAAUUGUUUUGUAUAAAAGUUAUUAAAACUGGUCGGAUACCGCAACAUAUUGCAUUUAUAAUGGAUGGGAACAGGCGGUAUGCGAAGAAAGCAAGUGUUGAUAAAAAAACUGGUCAUUACAGAGGGUUUGAUAAACUUUCAGAGACACUUAAGUGGUGUCUUGAUCUGGGCAUUCCAGAAGUAACCGUAUAUGCAUUUAGCAUUGAAAACUUCAAGAGAGGUGAAGAUGAAGUUGAAGCCCUCAUGGAUCUAGCCAGAGACAAAUUCCAAAGACUUUUAGAGGAAAUGUUUGAGAGGAUCCAACAAUUUUUCUACUUAUUUAACAGUGAUCAAAUAAGGGACUGGGGAGUAAGGGUACAUGUUGCCGGGCGACUGUCGCUGCUGCCAUCGGAUCUAAGAUCGCUUGUCUCAGAAGUCAUGCUGGCUACGAAAAAUAACAACAAGUUAAGACUUAAUAUUGCGUAUGCCUACACAGGUCGAGAUGAAAUCAGCAGAGCCGCGUCGCAUAUAAUUGAUGGCGUGAAGAACAAUGAAAUAACAGCAGAUGACAUUGAUGAUGAACUCAUCUCCCAGUCUAUGGAACUUGGCGAAGCUGAACUGCUUGUAAGAACUUCAGGGGAAGUCCGAUUGUCCGACUUCAUGCUUUGGCAGUUGUCAGACACAGUUCUAUAUUUCACUGAUGUUCUUUGGCCGGAAUUCAGCAUUUGGAACUUAUUGGCAGCAAUAAUACACUUCCAAAGGCAUGCGCCACCCAUCAAACCAGAUAAGGAAUUGGAUUCCAGGAAAGAAACAUUUUUGGAACACUUAGAAAACAAGAGAUGGCAAGAGCUUGCUAAAAAUGUUAGUUGAUGCCCAAGUUUUUUUUUAAAUGUAAAUUAUAGUUUCCAUUAUUUCAUUUAUUAUAAUUUAUACUGUAGAUAGUUAUCAACUGUUUCAAUUACACAAAAAGGCAACAAAGGGUAUUAUACUUUAUAAAUAAUAACAAGUUAUUUAAAUUUGUAUAUUUAACUUAAUGGUAUGUAACAUUUAUUGCAUAGUUUACUAAAUUAGUCUAUUUCCAUUGCUUAAUAAAUUAAUUAUAUUCUCAA